GAGAAGAAGAAGAGGGAAAGUAUAUUGAGUCUGGCGCAGUAUGUGGAUAAGCGGUUGAAGGUCAAGUUCAUGGGUGGACGGGAGGUCACGGGUAUAUUGAAGGGGUACGACCAGUUGAUGAACCUGGUCAUGGACGAAGUGGUAGAGGAGUAUGAGAACGGAGCGAUGCAGCCUAGAAAUUUAGGGCUGGUAGUGCUCAGAGGUCCAAAUGUGGUGCUUAUAAGCCCAACGGAUGGAUCAGCAGGUAUGUUCUCCAAGUACGGUGAGACAGACUGGGGCUGA